AGCGCCCCCGUGCGGCGCAACGCGGCAAGCGCCGCGGCCGCCAUCGCCGACUUCGUCGCGAGCUCCCUGGAGGAGCUCAUGAAGGAGUGGCCGCAGCUGCUGCCCGCGCUCGAGGGUCUCGUGCAGCCCGGGUCCGACGCCGGUGCACGGGUGGCGGCCCUCGGGCUCCUGAGGGAGCUGGCGGGCGUGAUCGGGGAGGGGCUCCUGAAGCGGGGCGCCCAGGCGACCGCUAUGUUCCAGUCCUGCCUCAGCGACAAUGACGCGGGCGUCCGGUCUGCCGCGUGCCAGCUGCUGCUGCAGAUGGUGGAGGACGUGGCCCACGAGGGGGAAGCCGUCCAGGUGCUCGGGCAGGCGAUGCCCGGGGUGACCGCGACGAUCGGGGGCCUCGCCGCGUCGCCCACGCACGAGGACCUCCUGAGAGACACUCUGGAGUCGCUGAUCUCGGCGGCGGACGAGGAACCCGAGUUCUUCAAGGACCACGACUUGCAGAACCUCUGGCCUCUACUGGUGCAGCUGUGCUCCGCCAGGCACUUCGCCGACGACGACGUCCGGCACAGCGCCAUGGAGGCGGCCAUGUCUAUCGUCACUGGCAACUUCGAGGACUUCUGCAAGCCAGAGGGCCAGCCGUUCCUGGAGAAGAUCAUUGCUCUGAACAUCGAGUGGAUGUUCGACGUGGAGCAGGACGUCGACGCCUGGACGGCGCAGGCUGACGCACCCGAAGAGGACGACGAAAUAGAUGGCGACACCGUCCAGCUGGGGGAAGAAAACCUCGACCGCCUGGCCGAGAAGGCCUCCGACGUGGAGCAGUGCGAGGACGUCUUCCUGCCAGUGCUCUUCAAAGCGAUCCGCGUCCUCAUGGGCGCCCCAGACGUCACGUGGCAGCACUCUCGCGCGGCCGUCAUGGCGGUGUCGCAGGUGGUGGAGCACAUCGAAGACGAGUCCUGGGUCGACCAGUGCGUCCACUUCAUCGCAGAGCGGUUGGCGCACGUCCACCCGCGGGUGCGCUUCGCCGCCUUCCAGGCCGUUGGGCAGGUGGCGUAUGACCAGGAGCCCUACGUGCAGGACAGCCACCACGAGUUGCUGCUCGCUGCCAUCGUGACUGGCCUCAACGACGUCAACGUCCGGGUGGCCACGAACGCUGCCAAUGCGUUCGUCAGUUUCGGAGAGGAGCUCGACCGGGACGCACUGGAGCCCCACAUCGACGAGCUCAUGGGCCGCCUGUUCGAUCGCUUGAAGCAGGCUCAGACGCGGUCGAUGCAGGAGCAGGCCCUGGCCGCCAUAGCGAUGGUGGGCGAGAUUGCCGAGGAUCUGUUUGAGCCCUACUACAAACAUGUCAUGCCUGAGCUGAAGGCGAUCAUCGCGAGGGCCUCCAGCGACGACGAGCGCACCAUUCGGGGGAAGGCAUUCGAGUGCGUCAGUCUGAUAGGCGACGCGGUCGGCAAGGAUGUCUUUCUGCCGGACGCGCAGGAGGUCAUGCAGACGAUGGCCACUGCCAUGCAGAAGGGCUUCGCGGCAGACGACACCACGCGCGAGUAUGUCCACGAAGCGGCCGGCCGCAUCGCGACGACUCUGAAACGCGAGUUCAAGCCGUACGUCCCAGCCCUGCUGCCGAGCGUGUUCGCCGUCCUGGCGCAGCGCCCCAAGGAGGUCGACGUGGACAGCGAUGACGACGACGAGAAGGCGGACAUGAGCCUCCGCAUGGUCGGCGAGAAAGUCCUGGGCCUCAAGACGGCCGUUCUGGACGAGAUGCAGGAGUCCAUGUCGCUGAUCGGCACGCUGAUCGAGGCGCUGGAGGACGACUACUGCGAGUUCCUGCCGAUCACCUGCCAGGCCCUGUCGCCGCUGCUGGACUUCCCCCUCUCGAGCGGGCUGAGGGAGGCUGCGUUCAAGACCUGGGAGAGCCUCACAGAGUGCACCAGGAGCGCGGUCGAGGCCUCGAAGUGCGACCGCGGGUCCCUCUGCGAGCUGGUGCGGAAGUUCCUGGAGGCCCUGCUGGUGCAGAUGGCGAAGUGCCCGGACCAAGGACCUCGACGAGGAGCUCCUGGGCGCCCUGCAGGCGGAGGCGACCGGGAUCGGUGGCGUGAUUCGGAAGGCUGGGCCGGGCGUGCUGGCGAAGGCGGACGUCGACGCGCUGGUGAAGGCGCUCAUGCAGCUGCUGCUGCGCGUGCACGGGGACGACGAGGCAGAGCCGGACACCUCCAUGGGCAUGCGGCACCGCAAGGGCAAGGGGGCGGCCGCGGCCGCGGACGACGACGAGGAGAACGAGGAGUCGGACGCCGAAGACGAGCCCGUGGCCACGCGCCAGUCCGUGCGUUACUGCCUCGUGGAUGUGGCUGGCGCGCUCAUGAAGACGUCCCCUGCGGAGUUCGCCGAGGUGGGCUUGAAGCCCUUCCUAGACCUCAUCCAGAAGCUUCUUCAGCAGGGCGUUCCCGACGCCGAGCGCAGCCUCGCGCUCUACCUGGCGGAGGACGUGGUGGAGUAUUUGGGCGAGGCCAGCGUCCCCUUCUGGCACCUCUUCAUGGAGCAGGCCUGCCACGCCGUCACCGACAAGAGCCCGGUGGUGCGCCAGUACGCCUGCGGUGUCAUCGGCGCGGGCUCCCGGCUGCCCGCCUUCGCGCCCGCGGCGCGGGCCGCGGCGGGGCAGCUGGGGCGGCUGAUCCAGAAGCACGGCGAGCGCCACAGGCCUGGGCGGCGAGAGAGGCGAAGCAGGUCGCGCUCGCGACGGACUCCGCGAUCAGGGCGUUCGGCGUGCUCGUCAGGCACCAGGAGUCCACGCUCGGGGCCGAUGCUGCCCAGGGCUGGGGGCUGUGGUUGACCAACCUGCCGCUGAGAUGUGACCACGAGGAGGGCCAGAAGGCACACCAGCAGCUCCUGGAGCUCGUGGUCGCGAGCCACCCUGUCAUCACGGCCCCGGGCAACCUCCCGAGAGUCCUGGGCAUCUUCGCAGACGUCUACAAGACAAAGUUUUCCUGCAAGGAUCUGGACGCGGGCAUCGUCGAGGUCGCCCGCCGCGCCAACGAGUCGAUGCAGGGCGUCGCCGCCAGCUUGUCGGAGAAGCAGCAGAAGAAGCUGGCGCAGGCGGCGAAGGACGGAGGGCGAGCGCAGUGA